AUGACUCCUUCACAGCGAAGCGUGCUAGCUCUGCUCGGCCUGGUCGCUAGUGUGCACGCGGUUCCAGCAGCUUUGCCUCUUCAGAAUGUACCUGCCGCGAGUGACAACGUCGGAUUGAACCCUCCUAGCUACACGGCGUCAUGGGACAUUGCUCCUCCUCAAACGACUGAGAAGCCCGACGAUUCAGACGAGCCCAUUAUCCCCUUCCCUAUUCCCAGCAAUCACUUCAGUCUUGGCAAGCCGUCUUAUACGAUCUCUUGGGAGGGUGAAGCUCCUACGGAUGAGCCCGACGAGGAGCCGGGCUAUCCUGUUCCUCAACCUACGCCAAGCAACCAGAUCAGCUUAGGAAAACCCUCUUUCACGAUCACUUGGGAUGGAGGAGUUGAACCAACAAAGGAGCCAGGACCGGUCGAUCCUCCGCCAGUUCACCGAUCUAGCACUCGACGAACUCGUCGCCCAACUCCUAUCCGUCCUACUCAUGUGCGCCCCACUUCCGUUCGCUCUAGGCGCCCACCAAUCCUCUCUGGACUUCCGACUCGGUACAGCAUUACCUGGGAGACAGAACGCCCUCAGAACACCGGAGGAGUGCACUGGGAUUUGCGCAGGCGGCAGUAUGAGGAAGAUCCGGAGCCUGUUCCAGACGACGAGCCCGUGGAGUCCGAAUUCCCCCCAAUCGUUUUGCCAACCCCACCAAACUCGAUCGGAAUCCAGCCUCCUAAGGCAACCGUGAUCUGGGGUCGCCAUCGCCGCCAGUAUGAGGAGGAUCCAGAACCCGUUCCUGACGACGAGCCAGUUCCUGACGACGAGCCCGUGGAGUCCGAAUUCCCCCCAAUCGUUUUGCCAACCCCACCGAACUCGAUUGGAAUCCAGCCUCCUAAAGCAACCGUGAUUUGGGGUCGCGUGCGCCGGCAAUUUGAGGAAGACCCGGUCCCCGAGCCUUCAGAGACUGCAUCCCCCGAAGACCCUGAAGAAAGUGACAUCCCUGACCUGCCUCCUGUCCUGCCCACACCGCCAAACUCGAUUGGAAUCCAGCCGCCUACGGCAAGCGUGAUUUGGGGAAAAAGGGCCGCAUCCCCAGAGACAAACACCUACGUCGAGUUCACUAAGAUCAUCCCCUCUUUCAUACCCCCUGUAUUGAAGCCAACCUAUGUAGUCACGUGGGACAAGAGACAGGACGAGGCUGAACCCACGGAUGAACCGAUCGACCUGCCCUUGCCAACGCUCUUCCCGACUCCUUCCGAUGACAUUGGACUCCAACCACCUAGCGCCACGCUGAUCUGGGGCAAGGAAAAGCGCAAUCCCGAAGCCGAACCCCAGGAUUUCAGCUUGAUCUUUCCUUCCGGCAUCAAAAUACCUACUUGGUGGCUCCCCAGGCCUACGCCCCCUGUUAUUUCAUGGGGCAAGCGCGACGCUGCUCCUGCACCCACGGCUGCGGCAGUGCUCGAAGAGCGUGCAGAAGCCCCUAAGAGCUGUCUCAUUACCACGACGGUUUCUCGCGUUAGGAUAUGCCCUCAGAUCAGGUGCAUAGACACAUGCCCCCCCUACGAACCCCUUGAGGAUGAGUAUGAGCUCGUGGACUCAUCACUUGAUUGGGUUGCGAGGGACGAACCUAGCGAGCACAAAACUUUUGACUGCCCAGUCACCCUCACUGCGACCAAGAAAUGUCCCUUCUGCUCGUGCACGAGGCGCCCCACGCCGAUUACCACCGUCAAGGUGCCCACGUCCACCAAGAUACCAACUCCGCAGUGCCCUACGGUCACGAGGACUGUCGUUCCUCCCUGCGUGCCUCCGAUGUGCCCGGAUACCAAUGAGGCUCCUUGUGAUCUCUCCAGGCCAAUUCCCAAGAUGCAGAAGGCCAGGAGACAGGUGAUUGAGAAAAGGGUUGUGACAAUCGAGACUGUCGUUCCUCCAGUCACUGCUCUUCCCCCUGUCUAUGGUACGUGUACUUCGGCAGUGACGAAGACGGUAGUGAAGCCGUGCCCUACUUUCACUUGCGUACCGUGGGAUAGGUGUGAUGCGGCGCAGAUUGUAAGGUGA